UUGUAGACAUCAGUUUACUUUCCCUAAAAUACUUUUAAAUAUGUAUUAUUAAUUAGAAUUUAGACUCUGUUUGCAGCUCCUUUUUCUUUUGAGGUAAACUUACAGAAUGACAAGCAGAAAUUCCAAGUGAACACUGACUUGAGUUUGACAAAUGCAUGCCUAUAUGGACACUAAACCCUAUCAAGAGGUACCCUAUUACCAUCUUUCCAGGAAGUGCUCUCCUGCCUGGCCCCAGUUAAUCCCCACCUCCAUUCCCCCAGAAGCAACCACUGUCCUCAUUUUUUUUAUUUAUUUAUUUUUUGCACCGUAGAUUAGUUUGGUUACAGCUUCUUUCAGAUAACAUAAAAUUUUUGACAUCCAUAUUUUGUGUAUCAAUAGUUCAUUCCUGAACUAUUGCUGAACAGGAACUCUUUGUUCACACUUUGUCCAUCCAUUCUUUUGUGGACAUACACCUAGAAUGUUUCCAGUUUGGGGAUGUUAUGAAUAUGCUGAUAAGAAUGUUUUUGUACAAGUCCUUCUGUGGGAAUGUUUUCAUUUUUAGGAUUACAUACUUAGGCGUGGGAUUGCUGGGUUAUAGGAAAGUGCCAGACCCUUUUCCAGUAGUAGCACCAAUUUCACAACUCCAAUAACAAUGUACAAAAGUUCCUUUUGUUCCACAUUUGGGGUUAAUUUGGUGUUGUCAGCCUUUCUAAUUUUUAUCAUCUUGGUGGGGGCAUAGUGGCAUUUUAUUUUGAGUGUAUUGUACUUACAAGUAUUUCUUAUAUUUCAUAUUCUUUAUCUAAUUACUCCCCAUACUCAUCUUGCACAUAGCUUGGUUUUUUCUGUAUUACUUUAAUUUGGCCUUCAAUUUCUUAUGUCCUUGCACUUUUAUCUGCAGUUCACCGUAGGAGAGAACUGUUAUAAAAUUGCUGACCACAGUGGUAUCACAUUGGUAAAUAAGUUACUCCUAACAUAGAUUAACAGGAAUUUUUCACAUUUCUAGUUGUUUAGGUUGAUGAGUCUUUAGAGGGAAAAGGUAACCAAAUAACAUUUGUAUAUAGGCUUAUGCAAGCAAGCUAUACACAGAUUUAUAAACACAGAAGUCAUUGUUUCCGUCCAUCAACCACAAUAAAUAAUCCACAGUUCAACUCUCUAUAAAGUGUAUUUAUAAAUUUAUUUAUAAAAUAAAUGUGGAAGGCAAGAUCCAACUGAAAAUAUCUAGUGGUGCUAAAGUAUUAAUAAACUUUGGACCCUCAAUAUAAUAUUGAAAUCUUUGACAGCUUGUUCAUUUAAGUUUCUUCGAAUAAACUAGUAGUACUUAGUAGCUGUGUGACUUACAAAUAUGAACAAAUCACCAAGGGCUGUAUCCACUCCUUAGUUUAUUUCAAAGACAGAAACAGUGACAAAGACUUCUCAGAUGAUAAACUCUUUCCUAUACAAUAGUAAUUCUCAAAACCUUGGUUGCACAAUAGAACCAUCUGAAAGCGCUUUCAAGUCUUGUGGUCUUGGCUCUAUUCGAAAGCAAUUAAAUCAGAAUAACUGAGAGGGGACCCACGGGUAAGUCGUUUUAAAAGCUCCCCAGGUGAUUCCAAUGUGCAGUCAAGACUACAAACCACUGCUACUAGGAACAUCUGAAAUAAAAUUAGGGAAGAGUGGCUUUCUUUUAAACAUAGUCUAUGGUGCCUACCACAAGGGCAUUAGAAGUUUUAUUAGCUUCAACCAUUCACAGGCUCUGAGACUUCGGGCCAAGGUCCUUAGCUGAGUGUUUCUGUAAUUAACUAAAUGGAUUGAGAUGUAAAAUGCAGUGCUGUGAUGUGGAACACAAAGUUGGUCUUUGACAGCUGUUGCAUUCCUCCUCUUAGAAGUGGGAUCUCUGAGUGAGGAUUACAAACCAUCAUUCUUUGUUGAAUACAGUUAGCACGGCCUUACUUGCCAGGUGGAAGACACUCCUAACAAGGAAGCCAAUGUGGAAAUUAACACAAGCCUUAAUUUACUCAUCUUCCUGGCAGAGUACAGAGUAUAUCAAGAGUUAAAUAUGUUAUUUAAGUGUGUGCUGAAGGAACUAUAUACCUCUUAAGGGAUUUCCUUAGGUUUUUUUCCCCUUUAAACAUGAAAUUUAAGCUUCUUGUACAACACAAAAAGUUCUAAACACCUCCCUUUAAAAGUCUGCUCUUUUAAACAAACUUGAACUUUUAAGAAAGUUAAUUUUACUUCUCCGAUGUCAUUGAAGAGUGUCCAGAACUGGUCUUGUACAAAGUACAUAAAUGUCAUUAAAUAUUUGCUAAAUGCUUCUCCCUGAAGGAUAAGAAAAAACCUCCAUAAUGAUUUAUGUAACAUUUUUUUCAGCAGUCUGACACAUAGCCUAUCUUUUGUUUUCUCUAAGGAGGGUAGCUUGCAUACUGAACUGUUCCCUGAGCUUUCUGGAGUGAAGAGGGAGGGCAGAGGUUGAGAUGAUGGUGUGCACUUGGAGAUGGCCAGGGUUUAAGCACAUGAUGGAGUCUAUGCAGCUCCUGCCUUGGCAGCUGUGGAAAACAGCCUGGACAGUUGUUAGAGUUGUUGAGGUUCACAACCACAAGCAGGGGCGGGUGCCUAAUCCCUCCAGCCAGCGAUAAACACUGGAAGGCGUGUCUUCAAGGCCUGCUCUGGGCUGUAGGUCACGUGGCCCCAUUACUUCCCGGUUCCCAGCCUCUGCUCGGCAGGCAGGCAGUGGUCUGAGCUGAAGGGCAGACAUCCUCAGGUAGGCAGGGAGAAGACAAGGAGGAAAUCUGAACUGCUACUAUGCCACACUUCACCGUGACCAAGGUGGAAGACCCAGAGGAGGGGGCGGUACCUUCGGUCCCCCAAGAGCCCAGUGCAACAGCAGUCAGAGCUAGGAUUCAGGAUUCGGAUGAACCAGACCCGAGUCAGAACUCCAUCACAGGGGAGCACAGCCAGCUGCUAGAUGACGGGCAUAAGAAAGCUCGGAAUGCUUAUCUCAAUAACUCCAAUUAUGAAGAUGGAGAUGAAUAUUUUGAUAAGAACUUGGCACUCUUCGAGGAGGAAAUGGACACCAGACCAAAGGUGUCCUCUCUCCUCAACCGCAUGGCCAACUACACCAACCUGACACAAGGAGCAAAAGAACACGAGGAGGCAGAAAACAUCACGGAAGGGAAGAAGAAGCCCACUAAGACUCCACAAAUGGGAACCUUUAUGGGCGUCUACCUUCCAUGUCUACAGAAUAUUUUUGGUGUGAUCCUCUUCCUACGCCUCACAUGGGUGGUAGGCACAGCUGGAGUUCUCCAGGCCUUUGCAAUUGUACUCAUCUGCUGCUGCUGUACAAUGCUGACUGCCAUCUCCAUGAGUGCCAUUGCCACCAACGGAGUGGUGCCAGCUGGGGGCUCAUACUUCAUGAUUUCCCGGGCAUUGGGCCCAGAGUUUGGUGGAGCUGUUGGCCUCUGUUUUUAUCUUGGUACCACAUUUGCAGCAGCCAUGUAUAUUCUUGGUGCCAUUGAAAUUUUUCUGGUGUACAUUGUUCCCCGGGCUGCCAUCUUUCGCAGUGAGGACGCCCUCAAGGAGUCAGCUGCCAUGCUAAAUAACAUGCGUGUCUAUGGCACAGCCUUCUUGGUCCUCAUGGUCUUGGUGGUAUUCAUUGGCGUACGCUAUGUGAACAAGUUUGCCUCUCUUUUCCUGGCCUGUGUCAUCGUGUCCAUCUUGGCCAUCUACGCAGGAGCCAUCAAGUCUUCUUUUGCCCCACCACACUUUCCGGUCUGCAUGCUAGGUAACCGCACCCUUUCAUCAAGACACAUUGAUGUUUGCUCUAAAACCAAGGAAAUUAACAACAUGACAAUACCAUCAAAGUUAUGGGGCUUCUUCUGCAACUCAAGUCAGUUUUUCAAUGCUACCUGUGAUGAAUACUUUGUUCACAACAAUGUCACUUCAAUCCAGGGCAUUCCUGGGUUGGCCAGUGGUAUCAUUACAGAAAACUUGUGGAGUAAUUAUCUACCCAAGGGGGAAAUCAUUGAGAAGCUCUCAGCCAAAUCAUCCGAUGUCCUGGGCAGCUUGAACCAUGAAUACGUCCUUGUUGACAUCACCACCUCCUUUACUCUCCUGGUGGGGAUCUUCUUUCCCUCUGUCACAGGUAUCAUGGCUGGAUCAAACAGAUCUGGAGACCUGAAAGAUGCUCAGAAGUCCAUCCCCAUUGGAACCAUCCUUGCUAUCCUGACCACGUCCUUUGUCUAUUUAAGCAAUGUUGUCCUUUUUGGUGCCUGUAUUGAAGGGGUUGUUCUCAGAGACAAAUUUGGGGACGCUGUGAAAGGUAAUUUGGUGGUUGGCACCUUAUCUUGGCCAUCCCCUUGGGUGAUUGUUAUUGGCUCUUUUUUUUCAACGUGUGGGGCUGGACUCCAGAGCCUCACAGGUGCACCAAGGCUGCUACAGGCUAUUGCCAAGGAUAACAUCAUACCAUUUCUGAGGGUAUUUGGUCACAGCAAAGCCAACGGGGAGCCUACUUGGGCUUUGCUGCUAACUGCUGCCAUUGCAGAGCUGGGAAUCCUCAUCGCCUCUUUGGAUCUCGUGGCCCCAAUUCUUUCUAUGUUUUUCCUCAUGUGUUACCUCUUUGUGAAUUUGGCAUGUGCCUUGCAAACAUUACUUCGAACACCCAACUGGAGACCCAGAUUCCGCUACUACCACUGGGCCCUCUCUUUCAUGGGAAUGAGUAUCUGUCUGGCUCUGAUGUUCAUUUCUUCCUGGUAUUAUGCCAUCGUGGCUAUGGUAAUAGCUGGUAUGAUCUACAAGUACAUUGAGUACCAAGGGGCUGAGAAGGAAUGGGGUGACGGUAUCCGUGGGCUGUCCCUCAGUGCUGCCCGGUUUGCUUUGCUUCGGCUGGAAGAAGGCCCUCCACACACCAAAAACUGGAGGCCUCAGCUGCUUGUGUUACUGAAGCUGGAUGAAGACUUACAUGUCAAGCACCCUCGCCUCCUCACCUUUGCCUCGCAGCUCAAAGCAGGGAAGGGUCUCACAAUAGUGGGCUCUGUCAUCGUGGGGAACUUCCUAGAGAACUAUGGAGAAGCGUUAGCUGCUGAACAGACCAUUAAGCACCUAAUGGAGGCAGAGAAGAUAAAAGGAUUCUGCCAGCUGGUGGUGGCCGCCAAGCUGAGGGAGGGCAUUUCCCACCUCAUCCAGUCUUGUGGCCUCGGGGGCAUGAAGCACAACACCGUAGUGAUGGGUUGGCCUAAUGGCUGGCGUCAAAGUGAAGAUGCGCGUGCUUGGAAGACGUUUAUUGGCACAGUUCGAGUGACAACGGCUGCCCAUCUCGCCCUGCUGGUGGCUAAAAACGUCUCCUUCUUUCCCAGCAAUGUGGAGCAGUUUUCUGAAGGGAACAUUGAUGUAUGGUGGAUCGUGCAUGAUGGGGGAAUGCUCAUGCUGUUACCCUUCCUUCUAAAACAGCACAAGGUGUGGCGAAAAUGCAGCAUACGGAUCUUCACAGUGGCCCAGCUGGAAGACAACAGUAUCCAGAUGAAGAAGGACCUGGCUACCUUCCUAUAUCACCUGCGCAUCGAGGCAGAAGUGGAGGUGGUGGAGAUGCAUGACAGUGACAUAUCGGCUUACACUUACGAGCGCACUCUGAUGAUGGAGCAGAGGUCCCAGAUGCUCCGCCACAUGCGGCUGUCCAAAACAGAGCGAGACAGAGAGGCACAGUUGGUGAAGGACCGGAACUCAAUGCUACGACUGACCAGCAUUGGCUCUGAUGAGGAUGAGGAGACAGAAACCUACCAGGAGAAGGUGCAUAUGACGUGGACAAAAGACAAAUACAUGGCAUCCCGGGGGCAAAAGGCCAAGUCAAUGGAGGGAUUCCAGGACCUACUUAACAUGCGGCCGGACCAGUCCAAUGUGAGACGGAUGCAUACAGCAGUGAAGCUCAACGAGGUCAUAGUUAACAAAUCCCACGAAGCAAAGCUGGUUUUGUUGAACAUGCCAGGGCCACCCCGAAACCCUGAGGGUGAUGAAAACUACAUGGAAUUCCUAGAAGUGCUCACCGAGGGACUGGAGCGAGUCCUCCUUGUACGGGGUGGUGGCAGUGAAGUGAUCACCAUUUAUUCAUAAUCGACUCCUAGACAGACUCUGCUUGGUCUCACUUUUCCUGUCAGGCUCCUGUCCUCAGUGGAAGUGACAGCUCUUUACUACCAUGCCCACUCCCCUGGAGGCUUACGUCUGUGCACGUUACCCUGAACUCACGAUGCACUGAGCCUCAGGUACUCCUGCAGAAGAGUACAAUAGAUCUGCUCUUGGCUGCCAUGUGAUCUGCUGUCCUAACAGAAGCAAAUAUUCCCUCAACGUCAGAAGAAUGUCAAGCCCCACAAGCCAUUUCUGUACCAGUAGAAGGCAAGUUAGAAUUAACAAGCCAAGCCAAUGCAUCAGAACCCCUUCGGCACCAUUAACAGUAGUGAUCGACUAAAAAAAAAAGAUGCUAGAACUUUAACUAAAGGCAAAAAGCAAGUCCACAGUCAACAUUAAAGAAGUCUCAGAACUCAUAGUCCAGUGAUGAACCACAGGGUAACAUGAGAGAGACAGAGGAAUUCAUGGCCAAGUACUUGGGGGGGCCUAUCCUCCUUAUGAAGAUAGAUAACCUGUGGUGAGCCAAGAUGGAAAACUUCUUUAGUGUAUCUACUGCUCUCUAGGACUCUUAUUUUUGGGGCACUAAUAUACAAAAUCUGAAACAUGGCUGCAGCCUCUAUUUCUUCCUCAAAAAUAAGGUUCCCUCAUAAUACCAGGUUUAAGUGUCUGUACUGUGUCAGUGUAUACUUAACUGUUUCUUUUAAAACCCAUUCUGUGAUUGUAACACAGGCAUUGUUACUACGGAAAUUGUUUUUUAAAAGGUAAAAUUUUUUUCUGAUAGGUUCCUUCCAAAUGGCUGAAAUAAGGGAAUUCCAAAGAGCAGCUGUGAGAUUUAUCUGUGUGACACAAGCAAAACAUAAAAGUUAUCAUCUAAGAAAUACAGGUCCAUGAUGCACAUUGACCACUAGGUUUUCUUUUCUUCUUUUGCCCUGAGAUAGUAGUCAAAUAAAUAAAUAAAUAAAAUAAGGAACAAAGGAAGACUGGCUAAAACCAUCCUCUGAAAGCUCUGGAGAGGUCAGCAGUAGGAUUCUGCUCUAAAGCCAUACUCCUGUAGUGCCAACAGUACUGAGCUGCUAUUCUCCUUUAUCUACUUAACGGUGGCACCAAGACUGGCCUGGUACAAGCUUUCCUUUCACUAAGAAACCCGUGCCCUCACCUCCAAGGCUGUCAUCAAGCCUUGAGGCACUUACCUACAUGCCCAAUAUAAGCAUUUUCCUUUUCCUUUCAGUUUUAUUCUUUCACUGCAGAAAGUCAGCUCUGAACUGAGCAGUUACCCAAGCCAAUGGUCUGCUAGUUGAGUUGUUUCCAGAAUGCUUUGAAUGUGCCAAGGAAAUACUUGUGCAAGCUCAGCUUUUUCUUUACUAGCUUAGUGAUCACAAAACACCUAGCUUACCAGCACAAGGGAAACUGCCUAUGUGGCUGGCGGUAAUUUCAACUUUGUGAAAUCUUCAUUUCUUUUACAAGACAGUUAUUUAAGACACUGUCUUCUUGCCUAUACUCAUGGCUCCAAGCUUUAAACUUCACUUUACUAGUGUUAAAUAGUGCCACUCUUCUUUGAUUACUGAGUAGAAUACAGGGCAAGCUAACUCUUCUCACAGGUCAUCAGACCCAGAGACAAAAACAUUAAGGCUUAAGAAACUGACUAACUUUGAUUUGUUCUUUAUAUGAAGGGUAGCAAAGCAAACCGAUCAUACUUGUUUUUCUCUGCUCCUUUCUGCAGAGGGUGGAAACUGUAUCUACAACUCCCAUUGCAACACUCCAUUCAUAUUUGAGUAUAGCCAUAGAGGGUCAGGUCCCUAGGAUCCAAGAUCUCAGACCCACACUGUAAAGGUCAGCCUAGCCAGCAAUUCCCCAACAUUGACAAUUACCCUAACCAAAGGGAUACAUUUAUUUCCCAUAUUGGACAAAUAUGGGCAAAAAGGUUAAUUUUAGAAGGGACGUUUGUGGUUGGAACGCUGUAAAAAUCUACUUACUUAAAGGGAUAAGGAAAUAGUGGCUAUUACUAAAGCCAUUAUUUUGGUCCCGAGAACACGAAAUCACUGUUACAUGGAAAAAUGGUAUUAGGCCAGACUUAUGCUCAUCUGUCUAGAGCAUUUCAUGUCUAUGUGUUGCUUAUGUUGUCUGUCUGCAAAGUGUCUCGUCUCUAAUCACUGCAAAUAAAGCAAUAAUGAAAACUUGAUAAAAGAAUGCACCUUAGGGGAAGGGGCUUUGUGUUUCAAGAGGAAGAGAAAAACCUUCUCCUGCCUUUGAGUAAGAGCCAGCUUUUAUGUCUUACUUAUGACUUUAGCAGGGCACACACAUUCUCCCAUACUGGCCUCUGCCUUCCAGCUAUCUUAAAAGCUGGAGUUUGGGCUGCAGGGUCGCUUGAUAAGCCAGCUUCCUCUUGGCAGGGGAAAGGUUCUUACUCUUUAUAUUCCAUUGCCUCCCAUUCCUGUGACUCCAGGGAUCCCACCAGUCCUCAUUACCCCAGAAUUAAAACUCCUUAUUGUAGUAUUAAAGUAGCAGUCACACUGUAAGCUUAUCUGUGUGCUUUUCUCUCUGGUUUACUUUUCUCUUCAUCAUGUCUAACCUGAACACAGCAUUAGUUUUUCACAUCUUCCACAAGUGUUUCCGAUAGAAUUUGUCUCAGCUUUUGUUAAAUAAAAGUGAAAUAUUAAAACAGACUUAAGGGAAACGUGUGAGUUUAAAAAGCAUUGUUCUCAACCAUUUAAUUUAUUGAAAGGAGAUGCUGCUACUGCUCUUAGCAGCUAUUACUCUCUUGUUUACAUAGAGUUCUGGUUUUAUUUGUUGUUUUGCUCUGUACUGGAAACAUAAAUAAAGUUUUCUACAUUAUUUUCAGUCAGGGGUUGUGGUACAAUUUCCUUGUGUCUGCAGCAAUGUGCACAAUGUCCUUCCAGGAUCUGUCUCCCCACCAUGGAGAAAAGAGCUUUUGUUCUUUUCAACACAAGUGAGUCUACUUAGGAGCCACAGGACUUACAGAAGGGUGUAACUCCCCCAGGA